AGCUCCAGAGUCCAUGCUUUUUAAAUACUUUGCCUUAGUACCUUUAAAUGCGAGUGAAGGAAUAAAUCUCUCCCUGCACCAUACUUUUAUAGCGGAUGUUUUCCUCUCCUGGGACAACACUUAAGGCAGUCUCCCCCACCAGACUGUCACUAGCACAGGGUCAUUCUUUGACUUUUGUCCACCCUCAGUUCCUAGAGCUUGAUUGCCGCGCCAUAGCAAGACUACCGGGCGUGCGCGUGGCCACCAGGGGGCACUAUGGGCACACGUCCUCUUCCCUCCUCCCUCCAGUCCUGCGCGACCUGAGGGGGGUGCCGAGCCAGCGUUGGGCGGAGCCUGGGAGAAGCGUCAAGGGGGAGCUAUCCCGGCGGGCCGCGCGCGCGGCCGCGUUUGAAUGGCUCAGAGUGGGGCUCGGCCCGGGAGCCGAGGGACGGUGUAGGCUGCCGGGCGCAGCUCGUCAGCGCCGGGGCAGGGCUGAGGUGCCGCGGUACCAUGAGGCGCCGGUAUUUAAGAGAUUAUGGCAACUGAGGCCCACAAUGUUAAAAAACGAACCUUUUGUAAUAAUAUUGAGGAUCAUUCCACUGAUCUUCCUAGAAAAAGGAUCUCUAAUUUUAUUAAUAAGAACAUGAAGGAGGUUAAGAAAUCUCCAAAACAGUUGGCUGCUUACAUAAAUAGAACAGUUGGACAAGCUGUGAAAAGCCCAGAUAAACUACGUAAAGUGAUCUAUCGCAGAAAGAAAGCGCAUCAUCCUUUUCCAAAUCCUUGUUAUAGAAAAAAACAGUCCCCUAGAAGUGGGGGCUGUGACAUGGCAAAUAAAGAAAACGAACUGGCUUGUGCAGGUCACCUGCCUGAAAAAUUACGCCAUGAUAGUCGAACAUACUUGCUUAACUCCAGUGAUUCUGGUUCUUCACAGACAGAAAGCCCAUCAUCAAAAUAUAGUGGGUUUUUUUCUGAGGUUUCUCAGGACCAUGAAACAAUGGCACAGGUUUUGUUCAGCAGGAAUUUGAGAUUGAAUGUAGCUUUAACGUUCUGGAGAAAGAGAAGUAUAAGUGAACUUGUAGCCUAUUUGGUGAGGAUAGAAGAUCUUGGAGUUGUCGUGGAUUGCCUUCCUGUGCUCACCAAUAGUUUACAGGAGGAAAAACAGUACAUCUCACUUGGCUGCUGUGUAGAUUUGUUGCCUCUAGUCAAGUCCUUACUUAAAAGCAAAUUCGAAGAAUAUAUAAUAGUUGGUUUAAACUGGCUUCAAGCAGUCAUAAAAAGGUGGUGGUCAGAACUAUCAUCCAAAACAGAAAUUAUAAAUGAUGGAAAUAUUCAGAUUUUAAAGCAGCAAUUAAGUGGAUUAUGGGAACAGGAAAAUCAUCUUACUUUGGUUCCAGGAUAUACUGGUAACAUAGCCAAGGAUGUAGAUGCUUAUUUAUUGCAGUUGCAUUGAGAGACUAUCUACUAAAAAGAGCAUUUGAUUAUUCAAAACGUCCCCAGACUAAGAUUUCCAAAAAAAAAAAAAAAAGUCUCCUUUGAGAACUGUGAACUGUGGAAGAAAUCAAAACUUUUUUUUUUUCUUAAAAAGCCACACGUGAAACCACUAAUGAAACCCUAACAAUCUGCUUCACAUUGAAGUGGAAAAAUGUACAAAAGGAGCAGCUUCAACUUCAAUGAGGUGAAAGUGCACUAUGAAGAUUGUUCCCCUUUGCUGAUAAGUCCCCCAUUUGGGACUUAUAUGGUUAUUUGGUAACAUUGUUUAAGAACUACUGGGUCUUAAUGCAAUACUGCAUAAGAAUAUAAUUUAUACUAUGUCAGAAAGAAGACAGUACUUAUCACUAGGAAUCACAAAGACCAAUCAUCGUUACUUUUUUGAAGAUUGUGUUUUAUAAGAAAACACUUAAGUGUGUGCAGCUAUUUUCUUAUUUUGAAAAGACUUUGCAAGUUUAAAACGUCAUAGAAAAUAAUCAGUACUAGAAAUUUGUUGUCCACACUGAGAUACUGUGUAUACAAGAUGCCUUAAUUAUUAAUAAGCCAAUGUGUAUGAUAUGAAUAUCUGUUUAAAAAAUUAACAUCAAACAUGCUCUGGCAUGAUAAAAUCAUGGAAUUAAAUCAGGGGUUUCCAUUCAUGUAGAACGUUGUUGCUAAAACUUACUCCAUACCAUUUUUAAAACUUGAGAAUAUUUUUAGUAUCUCUGAUUUUUCUUUGCCAGAAUCAUUGUGUCAUGUGUGUAUGUGUUAUUCCUAUAUAAAAGAAAAGGUGAAUAUGUGUUUGUAUGAAUGCUUAACUAGAAAUGUCCGUGGAGUUAGCUAAUUUAUAUUCACUUUUUAUUGUAUAUAGAUUUCUAAUAUUUUCAGUUCUGUAUCAUUUAAGCUUUCUUCAUUUGAGUAAAUUCACUAAAUAUUUCUA